CAGAUUUCCCAGCGCUGACAGACUAUUCACCCAAUCUCUACUUUAUCACCACCUCGAUCUCUCUUCCCUUCUUUAAUUUAACCUCGGCAAAAUGGCAUCACUUUGACUCUUCUCUCGAAUCCCAUUCCUUCUUCCUCUCAUUUCUUCUAAACAGAGCAGCCAGCCAUGGCGGUUGAGCUGAUGAUGGAUUACAGGCAUGGGGAUGAUAAUCUCAGCUUUGCGAAGAAAUUUGACGAAAGUGCAGUGGCGAGAGAGGCUGCGUCUGGGCUGGAGUGCGUUGAGAAGCUUCUCAGAUUGCUGUCUCGCCGGCCGCCGGAAAAUAAAGAAUCCUCUUCCGUGGAGAUUGAAAUGGUCACCGGCGUCGCUGUUAAUAAGUUCCAGAAAAUGAUUAGUCUUCUCGGUCAGACCCGGACCGGCCACGCCCGGUUCAGGAGAGCCCCCGUCGCUUCCUCGUCGCCGUCUCCGGGUACAGAAACCGCCGUCGACGACACGGUUGUUUACAGCCCGACGCCAAUUCAGCAGGUUCUGCCGCCGCCCUCUGUCCUCGACCUCCCGCCGCCUCCGAGAAAGGACGGCGUCGCCUCCGCCGGGAAGGGUGUCAGAGUCUCUUACUUGCCGGUGUUUUCCCGUGCCCACUCGUUCAAUCUGUCGUCGUUGACCGGAGAGACAGUCACCGAGAGCAAACAGGCUUCUUCUUCCUCCUCUGCUUUUCAGAUGACCGAUCUCUCUCUUGGCUCCUCCGCCGGGAAGCCUCCUCGGUCAUCGUUUUGUUUGAAGAGAAAAUGUAGCUCCUCGGAGAAUAACCUUUCCGGCAACUGCGGUGGCUCCUCCGGCGGCCGUUGUCACUGUUCAAAGAAAAGGAAGCAUAGACAGAAGAGGGUGAUCCGAGUUCCUGCUAUAAGCUUGAAGAUGUCAGAUAUCCCGCCUGAUGAUUUCUCAUGGAGGAAGUAUGGUCAGAAGCCCAUUAAAGGAUCUCCUCAUCCAAGGGGAUAUUAUAAAUGCAGCAGCGUGAGAGGGUGUCCGGCACGGAAGCACGUGGAGAGAGCGCCGGACGAUCCGACGGUGCUGAUCGUCACUUACGAAGGCGAACAUAAUCACUCCCUCUCCCUCCCUCAAACUAACAGUUUAUCUUUACAAGUCAUCUUAGAUUCUUAAUUAAUUAGGGAUCAGAUCAAACCAGGUUAAAACUAGCUAGCUAGCUCCCACCAGUUCAUGUAGUAGAUGCAUUAUAUUUAACUAACUGCUCAUCUGUAAAAAAUUGUUGAACCAGCAACAACGAUGUCUUUGAUAAUAUAUGAUCGAUGCUUACCCUAAUCAGCAGGGUAGAGAUUGGGGA